AUGUCUUCACCAUCUGACAUUAGAGAUAACGGCGACUGGACGGUCAUUUAUGAUGACCGGAAUGACGAUGUCCAAGAUGGCAAGAAAGAAGAAAAUCCUUCUAGAAGGAGGCAGUCUCUCGCACGAACGUUGUCUAUACCAAAGACCAUGUGUAUCAUGUCUGACAACAAGACUGAAAUAUCAACAGUAGCCGAGCUACUCUCGCCGAAGUUGAAAUUGCCUCAACUGGGCACUGACUCGGCGGAAAGAGUCUUUCCCGUUCGCUCGGUUGUCUCAUUUGAUUCCACGCCUUCAUCCACCCUGCAGACACCUUCCCUCGAUAAACUCGAAACACCGAUAUCCCCUUUUUCGGACACGUGGGGUGCAGGCUUCACCAAUGAACAAGCGGGCUGUCAGCAGAAGAAUCCACCAGGGAAGAGCAUGAAUGCUGAGGAUGGUGUCUCAAAGAGACCCGACUAUCUCACUCGGCUGCAUCAAAAGAGCUGUGGCGAGAGCGAGAGUUCAUCAGUGCUCAAAGGACAAUCUUAUGUCAGCCCUAAUCUCGACGUUUUGGCACAAUUGAAGAACACUGUGCAAAACGGUGGCGAAAUACUUGACUUCCACAAAACAACAAAGGGGAUAUACUACUCGCACGAAGAUGAAGAGGACAUCUUCAUUCAGUCAUUCGGUGCACUCGUUGUGCUGACAGUGUUUAACGGUAACUUUGAAGUGCAGAUAGCGAGCGACAACUCCAAGGAAAUCAUCGGGUAUUCUCCUGGUAAACUCUUCGAGCUUCAAACAUUUUGUGAUAUAUUGCCAUCCUCGCAACAGAGCAACUUUCUUGCUCAUACCCAAUUCGUCUUGGGCGAUGACUACUCGGUCGAGCAAUCUGGCCCUGAGGUUUUCUUCCUUUCUGUGUUAUCAUCUGACGGAUAUACCCAGGGUACUUGGUGUACCAUGCAUACGAGCACGGUAUAUAAGAACUAUGUCAUUUGCGAGCUUCAGCCUGAGGCUCCAGGGACAAAGGAUCACCCCGAUUUGGAGAAUUCCGAGAGUCAAACGGCAACAUCGGAUAGCUGGAGCUUGGAUAUGACUUCGGGGGCAUUUUUCGAGGAUGUUAGUCCUCCGGGGAAAGGUCAUGACUCCAGAAACAGCAAAGUUCCAGACUCACCAGAGCUUCUCAAUACCAUCCCUCGAAUUCUCCAGCGACUUGCAACUGCUCAAACGUUGGAAGCACUCGUUCAACAUACCAUUACCACUUUGCAAAGUGUUAUUGCAUUUGACAGAGCGACCAUGUAUCAUUUUCAUAGUGAUCGCAACGGAAUCGUGGUCGUCGAUGCUGUUGAUACUUCGUCGGGGUUAACUUCGUACGAAGGGAUGCAUUUCCCGGAAUCAACCUUCCCUGAAGGACUGAAGAAACUAUACACACGCAAUACUGUAUCCUCCUCUUGUUCUGGGAGUCAGGGCACUUCGAAGCUUGUGUAUCGGGCUUCCACCAACAAAAUGCCCCUCGACAUGUCAAACACCUAUCUCUCUGUAGCACCAGCGCCAUCAACGCCGCAUAUCGAAAAUCCCGUCAAGGCCUGUUUGUCCAUUCAAAUCAAUGUUUUUGGCAAGCUUUGGGGUCUCAUGUCAUGUCAGUCUUAUGACAAUAGCCAAGGGCUUCAUCCCCUCAUCCAGAAAGUGUGUUGGUUUGUAGCUCAGGCGGUUUCAAGUAACAUUGAGCGUCUGUCCUACACCUUGCCCUUUCAAUUUCGGGAGCCAGACAUAUCCUUGGACAAAGCGACCACACCUCAGGCUAUCAAGACUCUACCCAGUGAUCUUCUCAGUUUUUUCCGGGCAGAUUACGCCGCAGCGUCGAUUAUGGGCGAGUCCAAGAUCUUGGGGAAACCAGUCGACUCGCAGGAAGUUCUGGCAUUGUUUGAAUACAUGAAAGCCAAAGAGAACGACACUGUGUUUUGGUCCAGAGAUAUCGCUGCCGAUUUUCAGGAUCUCAACUACUCGCCUGGCUUUCAUCAUCUUUCUGGUUUGCUUUAUGUUCCUCUUUCAGUGGACAGUCGUGAUUUUAUUAUCUUCUUCCGGGCUGAUUUAGAAAGCCAUAACGUCGCGUCUGAUUCAGAGAGAUCGAGUCGACAGGAUGAGUGGUCAUCGGCAGAGCUUGGAAAGGCAUCUGUUCUGUCUUUGCUAUAUCGCAUUUUCACCGAUAUAUGGCAAGAGAAGGAGGCAACACUGCAGAACAACCAGUUGAUGAGGCUUUUACUGGCUAAUUCUGCGCACGAAUUCAGAACACCUCUCAAUGCCAUCAUCAACUAUCUGGAAAUUGUUCUUGAUGGAUCUCUGGACCAAGAAACACGAGAUCACAUUUCCAGAUCCCACUCGGCUUCCAAGUCGUUGGUAUACAUCAUCAACGACCUUCUAGACCUCACGAAUGCCGAAAACGGACAGCGGUUGAUAAAGGAUGAGGUAUUCGAUCUCUCAGAGACUCUGACAGAAGCAACAGACAUAUUUUGGGAAGAAGCAAGGCAGAAGCAUGUCGACCUGCAGGUAGUUCAACAUGCAGCCCUACCUCCCGUCCUCGGAGAUCAACGACGAGUGCGCCAGGUGAUCACAAACUUGAUCAGCAAUGCUAUACAGCACACAUCCACCGGGGCAGUAACAAUCGAGUCUUGUAUCGUACUGGAGCCGCUGGAGCCAGAUCAUAUCUGUGUUGAAGUUGCAAUACAUGAUACCGGGUCUGGCAUGUCCCAAGAGACCGUCGAAAUAUUGUUCUGCGAGCUGGAACAAGUCUCGAACAAGGGAUAUAUGCAGAAUCCCAAGUCAUACGAGCCCGCUUCAAGUGUCCAUGUGUUCGAGACUGAAAGUGUGCUCGGCCUGGGCCUCGCGCUAGUUGCCCGAAUCGUGCGUAAUAUGAACGGGCAACUAAGCUUGAAGUCUGAAGAAGGCAAGGGAAGUUGUUUCAAAAUCAGGCUUGCAUUUCCUCUUCCUGAUGAAAAUGGUGGUCAAAAGCAGAACGCGUGUGUUACAUCAAACGAACAUCUGCAGGAAGAUGGAAGAAAGCAGGACACAAGGCAAGACACUACAUCCUCAAGUUGCGUAGCCACCCAGGAAGAAAGCGUUAUUCCAUGUGAAUGUGGUCAAACGUCCGAAUUUGAAUCAGGCGAUUACAUCGUGAGCGCCGAUGUAAGCUUGAGAACCGGCGAAUCAAAAAACAUCUCCCUUUCUGGCGAACGGAGCAACCAGCCAGAUAAACCAAUCCCCUCCCUUCCAAAACAAGAUCCCAAGUCAUCAUUAGAAGCAUCUAAAUCUCCCAUCCAAGAAACCUUCUCGAUCUCACCAACCAUCCAGUCCCAAUCCCGCCAACGAAGCGGCUCUCCCACAAUGGACUGGAACCUCCACGUCCUCGUCGCGGAAGACGACCCAAUCAACAGCUCAAUCCUCCAAAAGCGCCUUGAGCGAUUCGGCCACACGGUGCACAUGACAAGCAAUGGCAAAGAAUGCGUCUCCGCCUACAAAGCAAAUCCCACUCGUUUUCACGCAGUGCUGAUGGAUCUACAAAUGCCGAUCGUCGAUGGCCUUGAUGCAACACAGAUGAUCCGCGAAUACGAGCAGCAGGAGCUGGCCGAUGAGAACACGCCUGCGCCUCGCAUUCCCAUUUUCGCUGUCUCUGCAUCCUUGGUCGAGGAGAAUCGGAAGAUGUACAUGGAUGCGGGCUUUGAUGGAUGGGUUAUGAAGCCAAUUGAUUUCCACAGGGUUGAUCGGUUGCUUGGGGGUGUUAGGAUUCCAUGGGUGCGGGAGGAGAAAGUCUAUCAUCCUGGUAUUUGGGAGGGUGGAGGCUGGUUUGAGGCUUAG